AUGUCCGCAUCCAACGUCUUCGCCAGCUCACUACGAGCUUGCAGAGUCGCCGCCAGACAAACCGCAGCUCGUUUACCCGCUCCUCGCACCUCCGGCAGCUUCUUGGCGACUGCACGGCCCGCGCGAUUCUCUAGACAGCCAACAACAUUCAACCUAGCCAAGAGAUCUCUCUCCACGACAGCAACCAGGUCCCAUGGCCAUGUCACUCCGCCAAAGCCUGGUGAAGAACUCUACGUUACGUUUAUAGACAAGGAUGGCAUGGAGCACAAGCUAGCAGUUUCCGCGGGCGAUAAUCUCCUCGACAUUGCCCAAGCGCACGACCUUGAGAUGGAGGGAGCUUGCGGUGGCUCUUGUGCCUGCUCGACAUGUCAUGUCAUUGUUCUGGAUGACAAGUACUACGAUGCGAUGCCGGAACCCGAGGACGACGAGAACGACAUGCUUGAUUUGGCUUUCGGUCUUACCGAGACGAGUAGAUUGGGUUGCCAGGUCACUAUGACAAAGGAGUUGGACGGAUUAAGGGUCAAGUUGCCAUCGAUGACGAGAAAUCUGCAGGCUAGCGAUUUCAAAUAG